AUUAGUUGUUUCAGCUCUACCCCCGAUCAGAAGCUAGAUAAUUCUAGUUCAUUUAGAUCCAGUUCAGUAUUUGACACUAGAGGUCAACUGAUAUUGGUUUUUCUAUUGCCGAUACCAAUGCCGAUAGGUAAAGGUCACGGUCAGCCGAUGGCCGAUUUGUGCUGCCGAUAUUUAGGGCAGAUUUUCAUCGAUUUAGACAUUUUCCACCUCAUUUUCAUGCUAAAUGUCACUAAUAACAUCAGUUGAUUCACAUAAUCUUAGAAACUGAAUCUGUUUAUUAAACACUUAGUUUAACCAGUUGUUAAAUCUAGAUUUUGUGCACUGCUCAGUCUUAAAAUCAGACAUCUACCUGUAGUUAAUCAAACAAAUUAGUAAACUGACCAAGUAUCAAAUAUUAAAAACUGGUAAGUUAUAAGAUAUUUUAGUUGAAAAUAAUAGUUUUUGAGCUUUUAUUAAGCAGAUGUUAUUCAGGAAUGUAAAAAUACUUUUAAAUUCAAUUCUGCAGCAGCACCGGGCUGCCCAGGUGCCUGACAUUUAAUCAACAUUGAUAUAUAGGCUGAUGUUGAUAUACAAAAAUGGUAAAUAUCGGUCUACCCUAUUUGACAUGAUACAUAGUUGGGCUUAUUGUGUAAUAUUUUGAUGACUAUAUGUUGAUACAUUUUCUUUGUGCUUGAAGAUCUCAGCAGCUUUUUGGGCAUCGAGAAUCCAUCUGAUUGGCCAAAUGCUUCAUUAGCCUGAUUAGCACAACAUCCCACUGUAGCUCAAGGAGUUGAGUUCUUCACAAUACUGAUGCACUUAUAGAACAUAUUGAGACCUUUACCAAGUAUUUCACACAGCCGUUUUUAAUAUCCUGUUAGAAAAUCAGUUUCAGAUAAAAACAUAAACAUCUUUAUUUCCAUUCAUAAUGAACAUCAAAAAGUAUUAUCGGUUUUCUGUCACUGAGAAAAUCUAAAGUAGAAGUCAAGAAAAGGAGAGUUCAGAGGCGAAAAUAUGAAUUAAUUUACAAAAGGAAACAUUCAAGACCUAAUGGUUUUGAACUCGUUAAAAACACUCCAGCUCUCAAGUGCUGCCUAAUUCAAAGGCACAAUCUACUCGAGUCGUCUCCAUUUAUGUAUUUACUAACUUUCCCUUUUUAAACACUCAUCAAAAUUAAUAAUGCAUCGGUAUAAACACACAGUCAUGUAAAAAGUAGAAAUCAAACAAGCUCAUAAUAAAUACAUCAUUAAAUUCAUACAUUUUACUAAAUAAAAAAUAUGUUUAGUACUUUUCCAAAACAAGAUAUGAUGUUAACAUUUCUGGUGAUUUGUCUCACAUAUAAAAACAAUUUACCCAAAUAAGAUUGAAGAUGAUUUGUUGUCAUUGCACGUGUACUACAAAAGCUUUUGGGUAGAAAUGAUUUCAAAGUAAAAUCAGAACAGGGAACUUGAUGGAGGAUCAAACAAGAGGAUGGUCUGGAUGUAGAGAGGAAAUGGUCGCCCAGCUCAUCGCUCGCCCUAUUUAGCCGCCUCACAUACGCCGGCUCCCCCUUCUCUCCCUUCUUCCUUACCUCCCCUCCUCCUUCACUUGCUCACACUGGGUGAUGCACUUCUCCAUUCUCCUCUACCUGGGGCAGUGAAGGAGGCCGGGGAGACACACAAAAGCAAAUUGAAAUGCUCCAGUGAGUGCUUUCUUGACAUGAUGCAUGGCUCAUGAGAUGCAACCUGGCCGGCCCUGCUGCUACACUCACAAGAGCGCUGAAACACACAGACCCAAAGCUUCGGCCAUCACCAUGGCUCCACAGCUUCCUGCUGUCUGUUGUUCUCUGUUUCAUAUGACCUCAGAACUUCCUCUCUUUCUUCAGAGAUUGUGUCAUGGUGUGGAGGACAGCUUUAGGCUCCUUUGGAGAGCUCUGGGUUUUAAGUAGAACAAGGAAGUGGCUUGUAGAGGUGUCAUUCCAGUUUCUGUUGACGGUUGCCACGUUACACUGCUGCAGAACUGGUUCCUCCUCUUUGCUUUCCACCAGAACAUCGACAGCUGAACCUUUCCCCUCCUGGAAAAAAAUAAAGGCUUGUAGCUUAGAGGAGCUCUCAGUAGUGUCUCCUUUCAAUGCACAUUUACUGAAAACAUAAAACUGUUUAAUUUAAAGUGGCUUUACUAAUGAGAUGGUUAGACUUCUGAGAUCAUUCAGGUGUUCUCAGUUUCCUAAUUUUUACAUCCUUCUGCCGUAAAGCUCCCUAAACCUCUGUAAGCCUCAAGCUGCCUGUGGUGGGGGAAAAAAAAUUCUUUGGAGACGCCCGUUCCUUAGGCAGCGUGGUGCUGCCGGACAAGGCCCUCAUUGAGCAGGAACAGGAGUGGUCUUGCAGACGGGAGAAGGGAUCCACACCGGCUCGGCCUCUGAAACAACAGAGCUGUCCAACCACCAUCAAAUAUUUAAGAACGUGGAAAGGAGGUCUCAGUGGUUUCCCUGAUUUUCCAGGGAGUUCUCCCCUCUUUUCAGUGAUGGAGGUGUUGCAGUGUGACGGCUGUGACUUUCGUGCUGAGUCUUACGAUGACUUGAAGACCCACAUUCAGGAAGUGCACACGGCUUUCCUGCAGCCUUCAGAUGCAGAUGAGUCUGACUCUCUGAGAGAGGAGGAUGAAGACGAGGAGGAAGAGGAGGAAAAUGAGGAUAAGGAUGACAAGGAUUACCCGCCUUCUAAAGCUGGAAUGAGCCCCACCUCCGCUGAUGGCCCCAAUCAAACAACACAAAAACACACUCCUGAAACCCCGCUUCCAUUUUACCAGUGCAAGUUCUGUGUCCGUUACUUUAGAUCAAAGUCUUUCUUAAGAAAUCACACCAAAAAGAUGCAUAAUGUGACAGAGGAUGAUUCAGAUGCAAGCAUCUCUUCAGAGACCUUCAAGCAGCCCAGCUACACUGUAAUAAUGCACAAUGAUCAUUCAAAAGUGUAUUCCUGUCAGCAUUGCACAUACAAGUCUCCCCGCAAAGCAAGGAUACUGAAACAUCAACUGAUGUAUCAUAGCAAAGUUCCAUCCAAAAAUGCUGGGGAUGCUCCAGAGAACAUCGAGAGCGAGGAGGAAUCGGACGCAGCUAGCGGAACAGAGAAGGGAACUUUUCCCUGUGAAUGGUGUGAUUACCAAACUGACCAGAAGGACAGCUGGACUGAUCACCUGAAGGAACACAGUGACAAGGUUAAGAUAGUUUCCAGCUCUGAGGAACCAGAAGGGGAGCCACAUGCAAACUCACCCAAAGCAGACUCUCCCCCUUCUUCCCAAAGCUCAACUAUAACAAAGGUGCAAUUUUCUGAAGAGGAGCCUGAUAAAAUACCAGAGAAAGACUCAAGAAAGACAGUUGCAGAAAUCUCAUCAAUUCAUUACGCACAACAAAUAAGUGCAGUUACGCCCAAUAGCACAGGUUCUUCCAUUUUAUCUAAGAGGUUUGCUUCAUCUGAUGCCCCCAAUAGUGUCAUAGAAAUGGAUGCUAACUUAGUCAAUCGGGAUGAUUCAAGGAGCAGCUUAGAUGAUGAUGAUGAUGACGAUGAAGAGUUGGGUGAUAUAGACGAUCCCAGCUACACUGGGACUCUGUCUGCAGAUGCAAAACAGUUACUAACAGAUGUUGAUAAUAAAUUACUGGAAACUAAGGGAAUUCCCUUCAGGAAGUACAUGAACCGAUUCCAGUGCCCCUUCUGCUCCUUCCUCACCAUGCACAGGCGCAGCAUCUCCCGCCACAUUGAAAACAUUCACCUUUCUGGGAAAGCCACCGUAUUCAAAUGUGAUGAGUGCCCGUUCAUUUGCACCAGCUCUUUGAAAUUAAGUGCGCACAAGCAGAGCCACAACCCCUCAGAUUUAGAGACACUGGACCUUACAAGUGAUAGCCCAGAGCCUCAGAAUGACAGCACUGCAGAGCCAGUUAAUGGAGGGAGUGUUAGCUCCAGGGUAAAUGGAAAAAGGACAACCAGCACAUCAAGUGACCAGCAGAAUCCCCAUCGCUGCACACUAUGCAGCUUCUCUACCACCACCCUGAAAGGGCUGAGGGUCCACCAGCAGCACAAGCAUUUCUACUGUGAUGACCUAGAUUCUACCGCCUUUGAAACCCAGAUGACUGACCAGACAGAUUCUGAAGUGGAGGCUUCUCCUGUCUUUGUACAAAAAACCCAGACACCCAUUUUGGGACUUGCCACUAAAAAGCCCUUAGUUACAGGGAAAAGAGCCAGGAAGUCCAUCAAUGACUUGCCUUUGGAUUUGUCGUCAGUCAAAAAGAGAACUAGAAUAGAUGAAAUUGCCAGCAAUCUUCAAAGUAAGAUAAGCCAAAGCCAGCAAGACAUGAUUAUCAACCUGGAUGAAAUAGAUGAUGAAGAAGCAGGAGAAAUAGCCAGUGCUGAUGAAAGUAGAAACCACGACAACGCAAAUCCUAUCUUUACUUACACUGUGCAACAGCUUAAUCGAGAAUCCGCAAUCCCCAACGAAGGCAGGAUUGGGAAAAGAAAAAGCAACCCCAAGUCAAAGCCUAGAAGCAUCCCUAUAUCCUUGACUCUUUCAGAUGAUAGUGAAAAUAUUUCAGUUGAUGCCAGUGAUGGCACCGUCCAUGAAAACUUGGACUAUGCUGAGGAUCCUGGAACAACACGGUUUUACUGCAAACACUGUGAUUACCACAACAAAUCAGCCCGGAGCGUCAGCACUCACUACCAGAGGAUGCACCCUUACAUUAAAUUCAGCUUUAAGUACAUCCUGGACCCCGAAGACCAGAGUGCAGUCUUCCGCUGUUUGGAGUGCUACAUUGAGUACAAUAAUUAUAAUGAUUUGCAUCAACACUACAUGGAGCACCACCCUGAAGCAAGCAACGUGCUCAACUUUAACCAACCACAUCUGCUGUACAUGUGCCGCUUUUGCUCAUACACAAGCCCCAAUGUUAGGAGCUUGAUGCCUCAUUACCAAAGAAUGCAUCCCACUGUGAAGAUCAACAACGCCAUGAUCUUCUCUAGCUAUAUCGUAGAGCAGAGUCCCAAAACCAGCGAAUCACAAACUCUGAGGGAAAUACUAAAUUCUGGCCCCAAAAGUUUUACCUCAUCCACUUCAGUGGCGAGGUCCUCUUCAAGCCCGGUGAUGAAAGCUUGUCCCAAGUCCCCUGAAUCGAGUGCAGAAGCAGAACCCCUCAAAGAAACUGGGAGCAGUAACGUGGUACUCUACGACUGUGAUGUGUGUUCUUUUGCUAGCCCCAAUAUGCACUCAGUGUUGGUCCACUACCAAAAGAAACACCCAGAGCAGAAGGCGUCUUAUUUCCGCAUACAGAAAACCAUGAAAGUGAUUUCAGUGGAUCAGUCCCAACCUGCAGCAAAUUCUUCCUUCAGCCCCGGGAUGUUUGCAUCCUCUCCAAAACAAUCGAAUGCGUUAGUUUAUGGAUCAGAUGAAGAUACGUACUACUGUAAACACUGUGUGUACAGUAAUAGAUCUGUGGUUGGCGUUUUGGUCCAUUAUCAAAAAAGACACCCAGAGGUAAAAGUGACUGCUAAAUACAUAAAACAUGGCCCGCCCACCCCUGGCUUGAUGAAAUUAAUGGACGAAUUACAAAUUGCGACUCCUAAACAGUUUUUGAAGCAGUUUCAAAAUAAUGGCCAUGAUGGUUCCAGUAACUCAAGUCCUAAGCAAGGCAGUGGUGAAAAAGGUGAAGACGAGCUCUUCUUCUGUCAGCACUGUGAUUAUGGCAACCGCACUGUAAAAGGAGUGCUUAUCCACUACCAGAAAAAACACAGGGAAACCAAGGCCAAUGCUGACCUUGUGCGUCGUCACACUGCAGUUGUGAGGAGUCAACGUGAGCGUGCACAGAUGGUCCAGUCUGGCGGUGUUUCCUCUGCAGCAAUCACUACUCCUCAAGACCCUGAAAAUGAUGCGCCUUUGCGUUCUCUUAAGUGCAGACACUGUUCCUUUACGACCCCUUAUGUCUAUGCUCUAAAGAAGCAUCUAAAGAAGGAGCACCCCACAGUAAAAGCCACAGCCAUGACCAUUUUACACUGGGCUUACCAAGAUGGCAUACUAGAGGCAGGCUAUCACUGCGAGUGGUGCAUUUACUCUCAUUCUGAUCCCCAAGGUCUGUUGCUUCACUACCAAAGACGCCACCCUGAACAUAAUGUUGAUUAUGCGUACAUGGCUAGCAAGUUGUGGGCUGGCCCUGAAACCACUCAACAAGGGGUAAAUAUGGAAACAAAACAUUACAAAUGUAAAGACUGUGCCUUUGAGGCUCUUACAAUAUGGGACAUUACUAGUCAUUACCAGGCAGUCCACCCCUGGGCUAUCAAAGAAGACGAAUCUGUACUUUUGGAUAUCAUCAAAGGGAAUGGCUCAGCUGAAAACAUCCAACAACAGAUUGCAAAGGAACAUGAAUCUCUAAAUUGUCAGCUUGAUGAUGGAACACUAGUCAUUGUUACUCCUCAAGAAACUAAUCCCCACCUCUCUCAUCCACGCCUUUCCAUUUCUAAUAACCCUUACCAGUGUACUGUAUGUUUGUCAGAGUACAACAGCCUCCAUGGCCUCCUCACUCACUAUGGCAAGAAGCACCCAGGCAUGAAAGUAAAAGCUGCCGACUUUGCACAGGAAGCGGACAUAAACCCCAGCUCUGUGUAUAAAUGCCGUCACUGUCCAUACGUGAACUCUCGCAUCCACGGAGUCUUAACCCACUAUCAAAAACGACACCCGCUGGUAAAAGUCACAGCAGAAGACUUUGCAGAUGAUAUAGAGCAAAUUUCAGAGUUGCAUGAAGGAGAGGACAAAUUCAAAACUCAAAGGCAGGGCUAUGGAGCAUACAGAUGCAAAAUGUGCCCGUACACACACGGGACUCUGGAGAAACUCAAAAUCCAUUAUGAGAAAUAUCACAACCAGUCUGCCUCUGAUAUAUUCUCAGUAUCUCUGACAAAUUUUGCCCCUGGUAAAGAUUUUGAGCCAGUAGCUGAAUGCAGUGCCAGUAACAUGUCCAGCACAUCUAAAGUCCAGGAGGUGAGUGAGUUGGACUACGCCCUCUCCCAUUUACCCAUCAAUAAGCCAGAAAAACAUGCUGUGUUUAAGUGUCAGCUUUGCAAGUAUUUUUGCUCAACAAGAAAGGGAAUUGCUCGCCACUAUCGUAUCAAACACAACAAUGUGCGUGCUCAACCAGAGGGUAAGAACAAUGUCUUCAAAUGUGCUCUGUGCUCAUACACGAACCCUAUUCGCAAAGGCCUGGCAGCGCACUACCAGAAGCGGCACGAUAUCGAUGCUUAUUACACUCAUUGUCUAGCUGCCUCAAAGACCGUGAGCGACAAGCCUUGCAAAGUACUGGCACAGCCACCGUUGGAAGGGGAAUGUUCAGAAAUGAGCGAAGACCUACGUUUGGCUGUGGAGCGACGGCGGUGCAAUCUUUGCGGCUUCCAGGCCUUCAGCAGGAAGAGUAUUGUUUCACACUACAUCAAACGCCACCCCGGUGUCUUCCCCAAGAAGCAACACUCUAGCAAACUUGGCCGCUACUUUACAGUUAUUUAUGCCAAAGAGCCAGAAAAGGUUGAAGUCAGCGAAAUGGAUGAAGAGGACAAUAAAGUCUUGGAGGUUCCUGAACCAGAGCAGGACAGCGAUGGUGACUGGCUGCCAUUCAAGUGUCUGAAAUGCUUCCGGUUGUCCUUUAAUACAGGCCAGCUGUUAUCUAUGCACUAUAAUGACUACCACAGCGUAGACUUGAAGAGAGACUUUUUAGUAGCAUCUGAUCCCGAGGACGAGGAGUUGGAGUUGUACCGAUGUUCUCACUGUGAGUUGAAGUUUUUAUCGCUUCCUCCUCUGGCUAACCAUCUUCUCAGUCACACACUGGAGUUUGAGAGAAGAGCCACGAAACAGGAGAAGAAGAGGCCACAAUUCAUUGAGCAGAAACCAGGGCAACUUCAAGAAAAGGAAAGUCUUACCAACAACACCCCUGUAGGAUUCAGGUGUAACUUCUGUGCAGAGAUACACCCGACCCUCCGUGCAAUCUGCAACCACCUUAGGAAGCACGUCCAGUACGGAGAAGCCAAAGCGGGUCAUGUCAAGAAGGAAGUCAGUGAGGUCCCUCUGAUCCCGCCUUCAAAGGGUCUAACUAAUGGAGACCUGGAGGAGGAUGAGUCAGCUGAAGCCGACGGCGCUGAGACCUCCAUGGCGCUAGCAGUGGCUUCUGGUGGUGACAGGGAAGACGCCAUGCUGGAGAAUCUGGAUCCAGACACAGAACCGGUUAAGGGAAAGUCCGCUGCCCUUGUGGCCGCCGCCAGAGCCGUGGUAUCGGAGGGCCAGCUGAAUCAGCGCUUAGCAGCAGGGGGUCACGCUUGCUCUCAGUGUGAUCGGGUCUUCAUGUCCAUGCAGGGACUGAGGUCCCACGAGAGGAGCCACUCAGCCAUGGCUCUGUUCAGUCGGGAGGACAAAUACAGCUGCCAGUACUGCCAGUUCGUCUCACCUUUCAGACACAACCUCGACAGGCAUGUGCAGUCACACCACGGUCACCACAAGCCCUUCAAGUGCAAACUCUGCCCCUUUAAAUCUGCCUACGUGAGUCGCCUGAAGAGCCACUUGCAUAAGGCUCACACAGGUGAGCAGCACAUGUACAGGUGCCUGUCGUGCUCUUUCACCUCUAUGACCAUCAGCCAGCUAAAGGAGCAUUCUCUGAGGGACCACGGCGAGGCUUUGACCCUCACGAAGCUACGGGCUGCCACGCAGGCCGCUCACGCCGCCAUCAGGCCCUCGCGCCCGCCCUCCAACGCCGAGCAGACUCACAUGGCCCCAGAUGAUCCAUUGUACCUGGAGCCAGCAGAUGUCCGCCAGCAGCUCAGUCAUUACAAGCUGGCGUCCCGUGGCAACACGUCUUCCAGCCCCAAAUCCGCUCUCACAGCGGUGUUCGACAGUCGUCCAGAAGUCGUCCUCACGUGCGAGUUCUGUGAGUUCAGCUCUGGAUACAUGCAGAGUCUCCGUCGGCACUACAGGGACCGCCACGGUGGCAAGAAGCUCUUCAAGUGCAAAGACUGCUCCUUCUUCACCUGCUACAAGAAUAACUUCACGAUGCACGUGGAUGCGGGUCACAACAAUAAUUUACCUGAGGAGAUUUCUAAAGAGCUGCGCUGCCCUCUCUGCCUCUACCACACCAAACACAAGAGCAACAUGAUCGACCACAUCAUUCUGCACAAAGGUGGGAGUUCACCCAUGUUUGUUCAGGAAUUAGAAGAGCGCAUGGCUCCUCUGGAGAUCAGCCGAUCGAAGCUGUCUCGCCACCUCGAGGGCCUGGUGUUCCGCUGCCACAAAUGCACCUUCACUUGCUCCAGCGACCAGGCGCUGCAGCUCCACCUGCAGAAGCAUGAUGAGAUCAAGCCCUACCAGUGCCAGCUCUGCUACUAUGACAGCAGCCGCCAGAACCAGCUGGAGGAGCAUCUGCGCCUUGAGCACAAAGUCAUCCGUAACUUUGAGCUGAUGGGCCGAGUCAACCUGGACCAGCUGGAGAUGGUAAACGAACAAGGCAGCAGCACAGAUGAUGAAGAGGAGCAAGGAAUAAUGGAGAUAGUCGAGGAUGGACAAGCCUCUCUGGAGGAGGAAGAAGAGGAGGAGGAGCAGGAAGAGGAGGAGCUGGUGGACGAUGAUGACGACGGGAUGGAAAUUAUUGAAAACAUGGAAGAUGACCAGGAAGAGAUGGAUGGUAAAGACAUAGAGGAUGACAUCAGAGAGGAGGACAAUGAGGGGGAAGAAGAAGAGGAGCAGGAGGAGGAGGAGGAGGAACAGGAAGAGGAAGAGGAGGAAGUGGAACAGGAGCAAGAGGUCAAGGAGGUGGUGCAGGAGAAAUCCCCCACCCAGCAAGAAGUCCUUGCAUCUCCCAGCAGCACUGGCUCUGGGCCAAACAGUGGAGAGAAGCGUCUUCCUUGUGAGUUCUGUGGUCGCUGCUUCACCAACAGCCUCGAGUGGGAGAGGCACGUCCUUCGACACGGCAUGGGGGUUAACAACAGUCGCCUGGACACCAGCGGCACCUCGGCAGUGGACACCUCAGCAUCAUCUUCCACAGGCUCGUCUGUGCUCUCAGACUCACGACUGGACCCAGCCAGCAACAGCAAAGAGGAUGAAACCACCGCUGGUCUAUCACUGACAGGUCAAAGCCAGCUUGGGGAAGACAAAGAAAUGCUUUACACCAAAAAGGAUCACCAGUCUGACUGAACUGAUCGUGGGACCUUGGGAUGCUGUGCUAGGACACGAGGAACGUCAGCGCUGAGUCAGAAGGAAACAAGGAGGCUGAAACUUUAAGAAAAGUGACUUUUUCUAUCAGUUGGUGCAUUAGUAGAUUUUAGGUGUUAUAUAUAUAUAAGUAUUAGGUUGUGCUGCAUAGGUUGAGCUCUUUAAAUGGGCAGUCCCGUUGGACAGAUCUUAAUAUAUUGGUAACCAAUAGUGAACAGAACUCUUUAUUGCUGACAUUCUGGUCAAAUCUGCAGUGAAAGAUCCCACCUCAACAAAAACUAAGCUAUUUAUGAAGACUAUUGUCCAAACUGAUGAACUAAAUUCAGCAUUUUAUUAUUUCAAGCACCUUUUUACUGUAAGCUCCACCCCACUCAAACAAAACAGGGGUUCUGUGACUUCACCCAAACAAACAAUAUAUGAGAGCAUUUACAACAGCCCACUAAAGAGCUACCGGUUCUUAUUCUUGGUGAAAUUUGGGACUUCUUUUAUCUCCUUUUAUUCAUCUUUGUGGUUCAUGUGUGGAAAUGUUCCUUUAAAGAAGAAUUGCACCUUAUCUAUUUUAGUAAAAUCACAACUAAUGUUUUCUUCAUUGUAGAGAUUUGAAACGUUUGCCCCCAGUUUCUGUAGCAAAUUGCUAUAUUCUACAUCCCUUUAUAUUAUACUAAGUAUAAGCCUUCAACCUCUGAUGCUCGGCUCGUUUUACUGUACUGUAUUUGUCUCUGUCACUGAUGAAACCAUAGGAAAAAACCCUCCGUUUUUGUGUCAUAUUUAUUAAUCCAGUUUACCUAAUCAUGAAAACACUGAGUUUAUCCACAUCCAUUCAGAUUUAGCCUAGAACUGAACAGAUUUUAACAGCAUGGUCUCUUAAUAAAGGUUACACUUGUCUUUUUCGCUGCUCUGGAUCAGACUGGUUCAGUCCACCUCGGCUGUGUUUUGAUACCGUUGAGUUAGUGCCUUAAAAUGCAACUCGGGCCCACAUAAUACAUGAACUUCUGUAAAACUAGUACGAUUUGGGUUUAAGUAUAACCCAACAAAGUUCAUUUGUAUCUGUGUAAAAAGUUAUAAAUAGUCUUACCUGCUGAUAGAAAUUUGAGCAAAAUCUAUUUCGAGACUCGGGUCUGUUGUGGCUGGACUAACAAGCUAACCCUAGCGGUGUCGAGCCAAUUUUACUCCUAAUUUGAAUAUUUUGUAGUGGUUUAUGGAAACGAUAUUUUGCAAACCUGUAGGGUGUUUUAAAGGUGAUCUUACAUGGUUAUUUACAGUUACAGAGCUAGCUAGAUGUAUCACUUCCUGUUAAGAGUUUACCACUUCCUGUCAGAUUUUCAUCGAACUCCACAGGAAUAUGAAAUUUAAAGCAGGUGUACAGGUUUCAAAAAUUGUGUUUUUUGUAAAGUGUUUUCUGCGCUUAUAUGCUUUAAGAUGAAAGACAGGUGAUUUAGCCCGGCUAGCCGUUAGCUAAUCUGUCUUGGUAGAACAAAUCGGUUUCUCAAAAAUGAGGCCAAUUUGGGCAUAAACUCGCUUAGAAAAUAGGAUCUGAAAAGUCCUUUUAAAACUAUGGCUUCAAGAAGAUGAAUUUAAUUUUAGACAUAUGAAGGAUUCUGCUCCGACCCACAUCAGUAGAACUGAGUGGUUUUUGUUGGUUGUGCUAACGGCUUUUAAAAGGUGCAUCAGUUUCAUACCAAGACGAUAACGAUGAAAGAAUACAUUUGUGAGCUUUUAUUUACGAGCAUCUUCUUGUCAUUUGAAUUUUCGACAGUGUUUGGUACGUUCUGCUGUAGCCCGCUGUCCAGUUGUCAUCCACUGAAAAGACAAGUGUAAACCAAGCAGGAAGUCCCGAACAUCUUCUUCACACACAUCAAAGACUGACUUUUAAAUGUUUUUUAAAAUCAGCUGUUACAUCUCAUUAUGUGUUGAUAAGCACGUUCUUAUCUUUUAACAAUAGGUUAUCUUAUUGAUUUAUCAUUUUAAAUAAGCAGAGAUUGUAUUUGUUGGACGUUGCUGCUUGAAUACCCUAAAGCCUUAUGAGAAAUGAACAAUUCACUAAAAUAUAUUUGAACACCAUUUCAGUUUUUUAAAUCGAAUUCCACAAAGAUUAAUUAAUUAGCCAGAUUAUCGUUAAUCUGGAAAAAUAAAUAGUCUGAUUGCUCUGGUGUGUAAUUUGUAGUGGAGCACAACUUUAAUGUUGCCGUGUUCUCGGUACCAAAACAUUUUAAGAAGCCUGCUGUGUUUGCUGCUGUAUUCGUCCUUAAUGAAAAAGAUUUAAAAAUGAGUUUUGGGGCUGUAGAAUCUUUGGAUUAUAGUUCUACGGUUCACACCCAGGACGUGUCUGCAGCCACGUUUAGGAAAAGAAAAACGCAACAGAAAAGAUUGUUUCCUUUAGUUGUUUUAAUAAUAUAAUGAUAGCUUACCUUUAUGGGCUUUGAGUCCUAAAUCCAACAUACUGUAACUGUUGUACCACAUCUGGUUAAAAAUGUCUUGAGCUGAGAACGAACAGAAAAACAACGCCUGAUGUGUUUGUUCAAAGCUCUACAUAACAGAAGAUGUACGCUGCUCUUCACUGAUAAACAAACAGGGUUUUUUGUGAAGAAUUAAACUGAUGGCAAAGAAAGACGAGACGGUUCCUCUGGGAGCGUUUUUACCUGAACUGUUUACGUCCUCCUUUGACCAUCUGGGUUUGUGCUCGGCCUUCAGAUGAGAUCAGAACCUACCACGUCUAGAACUUCACCUGACACUCGGCUGUCUUCUGCUUGUGACCAGAAAAGGGAAACUUGUUCCACACGUAGCAGGUGAAGAUAGCACUUCUUAUCUGACACCUCAGUCCUCAAAAUACCUUAAAACCAGUCAAGUCAGUGCUGAAUAUGAAACUGUUUUUAUGUUGUUUCUUUGUUUUUGUCGUUUCCUUUGCAGAACUAGCCUGUAUCUCCCUUAAAGUCGAACCUUUUGCGCGUAGUUGUUGUAGAAAUGAGCUUUUGUGAGGCAGCUCGUUGCCUCCAACCAGAUGGAGACGAUGAAUUGGGACAAUCUGGUAACGAAGCUGUCAGCCUGACAUUCUUUGUUGUUCUGUGAUCAUUUUACUAAAAAAAAAGACUAUGAAUCUUUCACUGUGUGCAGUCUCUAGACUGUAAUAUUCCCAGUUUACCAAACGUGAACCCCCUGCUGAAGACACACUGGAUACUUGUAUAUAUGUUUAGUUUGUUUCCAAUGCAUUUCUCUUUUCAGACUGUUGUCUCCUUAAUUUGAAACUAGAAUCUCUCCUUGCCUUUUUUUCCUAUGAAUUUGAUUACCUGAUGGUGGGUUGUGAUGUUGCCUAGAAUGAUUGUUUACAAUUUUAUUCCAUUUAUCUCUGGAUAUUCUGUAAAUAUUGUAAUUCAUUGUCUUUUUUUAACUUGAUAAUAAAGUUAUCAGAUAACAGUU